AUGGAAACGCCAUUCGACCGAGGCCACCACGCCCAUAUUGUCAGCUCUGGAGACCGUGACACGCGCGUAAGAAUGAUGAUUACGCUUUUAAGAGGAUGAUAACAGAACAGGAGAACAAGUAAUCACUAUAGUGACUCUGUCUUAAAUUCCAGUUUUACAAGAAACUUAUCAAUAAACAAAACUAGAAGAAGACAAUCUAGAAAAUACGUGGAAGGAAACUAGAGCAGGAGCAUUGAAAAGGUGUAGCGUGAACUCAAAAGAGAGAUAAAGAUCUCGGUGGCGCCUAUAAAAGGGGCAAAACUCGUCGAGAACGUCAGUAUUGUCGAAUCCGACACUAUCAUCACAUCGCCGACACAAACGACGACUCUUCGCCGAUCAACAAUGAAGAUGCUUCUUGGCAUCUUAGUCUUUCUUCUCUUCGCCGACGGCGUCACUGGCUUCAAACUCGCCUUGGACGAUCAGAAAUAUCUCGUCACAACUGUGAACAAGAUGCGAAAAGAUGCUGCGGAGAAGUGGCGAAUCGGGAACAUGCACGAGCUGGUCAGUUGAUCUCCACCCUAAAAUAUGUCCAACGAACGCACACGAUUUCAGACGUGGGACGAGGAAAUUGUCACGAAGAUCAAAGGUCUGCCCAACCAAUGUGAUAAGAUCACAGUUGGACCCAACUAUCGUUUCGUCCUUGUGAAUCCCGACGAGAGCGUGAUGACUGCGAUGAAUGCUAGAUUUGAAAAAUCGUUAAACGAUUCUCCUGCAGAAGAGAAGAGAAGGAUAAAAAUGUUGUGGGACACAGUAAAAGCGAACAAUAUCGACGAGCUAUUCACCAAUUUACCUCUUGCUUUUGAAGUUUUGAAAAUGACGGCUGAAGUACAAUCGCGCGCAACGUUUUUUCUCUAUGAACUGAUCAACCCGACUCAAACAAAGAUCGCAUGUGUAUCGCAGAGUUGUUCGAAAUAUGGAGGAAAAUUUGAGGGAAUUUGCCUUCUGGGACUUGUGUAAGUAAAUCAAAAGGAAGGCAUUCAGUGCUUAUUUUUUUAUAUUUUUUUUUCAGCAACAGUUGGCAAGAGUCGAAUUUUGUGCUCGACAAAGCUGCCGGAUCCGCUUGCCCGACCGGAACGACGGCUGUCGACGAACUUUGCAGAACGUCCUCCUCGUCUCAGCAGUUCACCGUCCUUUUCCUCGUCAUCUCUCUUUUCAUCUCCUCUUUCUAG